GAAAUCUGUAGAUAUGCUAGCAGAGUUGUCCAGAAGAGAAAAAGAGGCAAAUAUCAAGCCAGAUCCAGAUAUUGAUAUCUACAUGAAGGCUGCCACAACUGAAGGCCAAGAGGCAGCAGUGGUGACAGAUUAUACAUUAAAGGUUUUGGGUUUAGAUGUGUGUGCUGAUACCAUGGUUGGAGAUGAAAUGAUAAGGGGUAUUUCUGGUGGACAAAGGAAGCGUGUUACAACAGGGGAGAUGUUGGUUGGACCAGCAAAUGCAUUGUUUAUGGAUGAAAUAUCAACUGGAUUGGACAGUUCGACAACUUUUCAAAUUGUGAAUUCACUCAAGCAAUAUGUUCACAUUCUUGAUGGAACAGCAGUCAUCUCUCUACUGCAGCCAGCACCAGAGACAUAUAAUCUUUUUGAUGACAUUAUUCUCCUCUCUGAUGGCUACAUUGUGUACCAGGGUCCCCGUGAGCUAGUUCUUGACUUUUUUGAAUCCAUGGGUUUUAAAUGUCCGGACAGAAAAGGCGUGGCUGAUUUCUUGCAAGAGGUGACAUCAAGGAAAGAUCAGGAGCAGUACUGGGCAUGCAAAGAUGAGCCUUACAGUUAUGUCACAGCUCAGGAAUUUGCUGAGGCAUUCCAUUCAUUCAAUGUUGGCAGGAGUAUAGGAGAUGAACUCUCAGUUCCAUAUGAAAAGAGUAAAAGUCACCCGGCUGCUUUGACAACCAACAAGUAUGGUGUUAAUAAGAAGGAGCUGUUAAAAGCUAAUUUCUCAAGAGAAUACUUGCUGAUGAAAAGGAAUUCAUUUGUUUAUAUCUUCAAAAUUACACAACUUUUCAUAAUGGGACUGAUUGCAAUGACAAUUUUCCUACGGACAAAGAUGCCUCGUGAUUCAGUAAACGAUGGAUCAAUUUAUACGCGUGCUUUGUUCUUCACUGUGAUUACGAUUAUGUUUAAUGGAAUGGCAGAGAUUUCAAUGACGAUUGUAAAGCUUCCUGUCUUUUACAAGCAAAGGGAUCUCCUCUUCUAUCCUUCUUGGGUAUAUGCUCUUCCAACAUGGAUCCUCAAGAUUCCAGUAACAUUUUUAGAAGUUGGAGUUUGGGUAUUUAUGACCUAUUAUGUCAUGGGAUUUGAUCCAAGUCCUGGAAGGUUCUUUAAACAAUACCUUCUGCUCUUACUUGUAAACCAAAUGGCUUCUGCAUUAUUCCGUGCUAUUGCAGCAAUGGGUAGAAACAUGAUUAUUGCCAACACUUUUGGGUCCUUUGCACUGCUCUUACUUUUUGCCUUAGGUGGCUUUAUACUUACCAAAGAUGAUAUAAAGAAAUGGUGGAUAUGGGGCUACUGGAUAUCACCUUUGAUGUACGGGCAAAAUGCAAUAGUGGUGAAUGAGUUCCUGGGCGGAAACUGGAGAAAUGGUAGCACAACGGAAGAACUGGGAAUUUCAGUUUUGAAGUCUAGUGGGUUCCCCACUCAAGCAAAGUGGUAUUGGAUUGGCAUAGGAGCACUAGUUGGAUUCUUACUAGUUUUCAACAACAUUUUCACUCUGGCUCUUACUUAUCUUAACCCACUUGGAAAGGUACAGACUGUAAAAUCAGAUGAACCAGAAAGCAAUGAACAAGGGCAGAGGACAGGAGAAGGCAUACAGUUAACACUCAGAGGAAACAGCUCAAGUCACCAUUCCCACAUAGGGAGUAGGAGGAGAAGUAGCUCAUCUGCAAGGUCAGGAGCUGAAAUUAACGCCAACACUAAUGGGAAAAGAGGAAUGGUUCUUCCAUUUGAUCAACAUUCUAUCACAUUUGAUGAUAUUAUAUACUCUGUUGACAUGCCACAGGAAAUGAUGAGCCAGGGUGUUAUUGAGGAUAAAUUGGUGCUUCUGAAGGGUGUGAGUGGUGCUUUUAGGCCAGGUGUUCUCACAGCUCUGAUGGGUGUUAGUGGUGCUGGUAAAACAACUCUGAUGGAUGUGCUGGCUGGUAGGAAAACCGGUGGAUAUAUUGAAGGGAACAUCACAAUAUCAGGAUUCCCAAAGAACCAAGAAACAUUUGCUCGAAUUUCUGGGUACUGUGAGCAAAAUGACAUUCAUUCUCCUCAUGUUACUGUGUAUGAGUCCUUGCUUUACUCAGCAUGGCUCCGCUUAUCCUCUGAAGUUGAUUCAGAAACCAGAAAGAUGUUCAUUGAGGAAGUCAUGGAGCUUGUGGAGCUAAACCCAUUGAGGAAUGCACAAGUUGGGUUACCUGGUGUGAAUGGUCUCUCUACUGAGCAGCGCAAGAGGCUCACUAUCGCAGUUGAGCUUGUGGCAAACCCCUCCAUAAUAUUCAUGGAUGAGCCAACUUCAGGUCUAGAUGCAAGAGCUGCUGCAAUUGUUAUGAGAACAGUUAGGAACACAGUGGACACUGGAAGAACAGUUGUGUGCACCAUCCAUCAGCCAAGCAUUGACAUAUUCGAAGCUUUUGAUGAGCUUUUCCUAAUGAAACGUGGAGGACAAGAGAUAUACGUUGGGCCAUUGGGACACCACUCAUGCCAUCUUAUAAAGUAUUUUGAGAGUAUUGAAGGAGUCAAAAAAAUUAAAGAUGGUUACAAUCCAGCAACUUGGAUGUUGGAAGUUUCAUCUUCAGCAGAGGAAAUAAAUUUGGGUGUUGAUUUUACUAAUGUGUACAAAAACUCAGAGCUGUACAGGAGGAACAAGGCAUUGAUUCAAGAGUUGAGCAAGCCUACACCUAAUAAAAAAGAACUCUAUUUCCCAACCCAAUAUGCACAGCCAUUUUUCACUCAAUGCAUGGCUUGCUUGUGGAAGCAACACUGGUCCUACUGGCGCAACCAACCAUACACUGCCGUGAGAUUUCUGUUCACAGUUUUCAUAGCGUUGACAUUUGGGACAAUGUUUUGGGACCUUGGUACCAAGACCGAGAGGCAACAGGAUUUAGCAAAUGCAAUGGGUUCCAUGUAUGCUGCUGUUCUCUUCCUUGGUGUCCAAAAUUCUACGUCAGUGCAGCCUGUAGUGGCAGUUGAACGAACUGUCUUCUACAGAGAAAGAGCUGCUGGAAUGUAUUCUGCAUUGCCAUAUGCAUUUGCACAGGCUGCAAUUGAGCUCCCAUAUGUUUUUGCACAAGCUGUGUUUUAUGGCGUCAUAGUUUAUGCAAUGAUUGGGUUUGAAUGGACUGUUGCCAAAUUCUUUUGGUAUCUAUUUUUCAUGUACUUCACAUUGCUAUACUUUACCUUCUACGGCAUGAUGACUGUGGCUGUGACGCCAAACCACCAUAUUGCUGGCAUAAUAGCGACCGCAUUUCUUGUAAUAUGGAAUCUAUUUUCAGGAUUCAUAAUGCCGCGACCAAGGAUUCCUGUAUGGUGGAGAUGGUACUACUGGGCAUGUCCAAUAGCUUGGACUUUGUAUGGAUUGAUUGCUUCACAAUUUGGAGAUAUAGAGAAGUUUAUGACUGACGGCAACAGAGAACCAGUGAAAGAAUAUAUUAAAAGCUCUUUUGGAUACAAGCAUGAUUUUCUAGGAGUGGUUGCAGUUGUAGUUGCUGGGAUUGCUGUACUCUUUGCAUUCAUCUUUGCAGUUUCCAUCAAGGUGUUCAAUUUCCAAAGGCGAUAGAAAGUUGUUUUGAUUAUUUUGUAUAGUAUGUUUCCAGCAAGUUCAAGAUGUUUUGUCUCUUACAUCAACAAGAUGUAUCUUGAAGCACUUUAUUAUUGUUAUUACUAUUUAUUAUUUAUUUUAUUCAAAGCACUUGGAUUAUUGA